AUGGAUACUGUCGCUAGGAGAAGGCGAGGAUCUCUGGGUGCUGGGGAGCAGGAGGCAGAAUUGAUCGAUCGAGAAGUUGAGUUUCAAACAGCCUUGGGUCAAGGAGGUAGUAGUGACGAUGCGCUGGGUGGAUUCCUGCACGGUGAUGCGUCACCGGGGACUUUGGAGUCGGGCGGCGUGGUGGGGCCGAAUGUUUCGGUCUCUGGUCAGCUACCAGUGGCAAAUCCUUUUCACUCUGACCGAGUAAAGUCGGAGGUGCAGUUGUUGAGGAAUCGCCCGGCGACGCUGGACGAGGAUGCAGCGAGACUGAGAACUGAAGUGGAUGAUACGGCGUUAGGAGAUGCUGCGGUUGUUGGUGGCAACCGGGAGCCGGACUAUGGUUUGUUCCUGGGACCUACUGGCGAGGGAACGGCGGGACACCCCCGGGUGGCCAGGGUGGAAUCUGCUGGUACUGCUCCGGUUCUUAGCCAGUCGAUGGGAACAGAAUGGAAGCCGGAGGUUGCCCAAGAAGGGGCCACCAUUCGGGCUCAGGAGUCAGACUUUAGAAGAGUUGUCCAGGGCGAUUCAGGCGAGGACCCCGAAGCUGGGAUAGAGGAAGAGCAGAGGGAAUUGAUUCCGGUAGAAGAAGAUCGACUCUCUCGUGUGGAAGCUCUGCUAGCCCGGGUGUUGCAAGAGAACGAGUCCCUGAGGAGACAGGUCCAAGCGGAGUCUAACUCCAGCUUCCAAAGCGCCAGAACUCCGGCCGACCAGCCGGCUUCGCCGAUGCGACACCUAGCUCAUUUCCGGAUGUACAGUCAGGAGACCGUAGAAUGCACAGUGAUUUCCCGGGUGGUUGUCCAGCAGGGUGGUUCGUGGGCUCGAAUGUUAUUCCGGGAACUCCACAUGCUAUGGUACGAGCAAGGUUACCUGGUAUCCCCGGGAGGGACUAGCAUUAAGCCACCUGCCUUGCCUCCUCCGGCUUCUCCGCGUGACCCGCUGGCGGCUUUCGCGAUGACUCCAAGUGGGCUUCGAGGUGUGAAACAGAUAUUUGUGGGGCUAUCGCCGGGUGCGGUUGAAUGGUAUGCCAGUGUAGAGGGGGCAGCGUACGAGUCGUAUCAUAGAUGGCUUAUGGCGGACCCGCUAGGCAGGUUGUCGGUUGAUCCUAGCUCGGUUGUAGCGGGGUUCGAUGUCUUUAGGUUCCAAAGGGUGGAGUCGAGGGCAGUUACGUUGCUGUUGGCUGCACUCCCAUCUUCGGUAAAGGAUGACUUGGUAAUGAAUCGUUGGCUGAGUUCGGCGGCAAUUCUCUUUCGAGUUUUGUGCAUCUGGCAACCGGGAGGGUCAAGCGAGAGGGCUCAUCUUUUAUCUCAGCUAGUGCAGCCUGAGGUGUGUCGUAGCUUUAAGGAGGCCCUUCCAGUGUUGCGUAGAUGGCAGCAGAAUUUGCAGCGGGCGCGGGAAAUCCAAGCGUCUUUACCGGAUGCUUCGCUUUUGAUCAAAGGAGUUGACCAAGCGACGUCAACUAUUUUAAGUGCACAUCCAAUGAUCGGUUUCAGAGUGAAUGCUUUCAGACAUCGUUCGGGGUUGGAUUACAACCCUAGCACAGCGGGGGUGGUUCAGCUGGUAAGGUUGGUCCAGGCAGAGUUUGAAGCUGCAGCUCUAAUAGCUGAGGGUUCAUCUGAGAAGCGGCCGAGAAAUGCAGCAGCGUCGGCUGCUCUUCCCCGGGCCGAAAACCCGACUCCUCCUGCUGUUAAGGCGGGACCUGAGGCUCCUCCUUCCGUUGCCAGGGUACAAUCCACGGAAGGAGAAGCAAAGGGUGGAAAGAGUAAGGGUAAAGGUAAAGGGGACUCGAGCUCUGCUCCUUUGUGUCAUAAGUUUACUGAUGGUACGGGUUGCCGGUUUGGUGAUUCGUGUUUGUUUAAGCAUGAUCGCUCGAAGGCUAGAAGGGACGGUCGCUGUUUAGCGUGUGGACAGUCGGGCCACUACAGGCCGGAGUGCUCUUUGGUAGCGCCCGAGAACCGGGUGGUCCUCGAUAGUGGAUCGGAGGCCUCCCCGUCGUCAGGGAAUAGUCCCCCCGCUAAGGGCUCAGGCAAGGCUAAAGCUAAGGCUAAGUAUCUGGGGCACAGGCUAAGGGCAUUACAGAGGAUGCGAAGGCUGAGGCCUCUACAAGCCAAGGGUCAGCACCUUCCGGGGGAGCUGUGA